UUGUUUUCGAUUCCUGCUGCUGUAGGCUGUAGCUCCCCCAAAUCUCAUCCACCGGCCGGCCCUAAUGGCGCUCCCAGAUGAACUUCUGGAGGAGAUCUUCCUCCGCCUCCCCGCGGCCGCCGACCUCGCCCGCGCCUCCACGGCCUGCGUCUCCUUCCGCCGCGUCAUCACCGGCCAUCCCUUCCUCCGCCGGUUCCGCACCCUCCACCCGCCGUCCCUCCUCGGCAUCCUCUGCGGCGGCCUCAUCCCCGCCCAGCCGCCCCACCCUUCCGCCGCAGCGGCAGCCACCUACGCCGACGCCGACUUGUCGUGCUCCUUUAUGCCCCCACCCCGCGACCGCUGGCGCCACCGCGACGGCCGCGCCCUUUUCUCCCCCGCCCUCGAGGGGAUCGGCGGCGACUACAGCCCUAGCCACCUGGUCACGGAGUUCGCCGUCUGCGACCCCCUGCACCGUCGUUACCUCCUGCUGCCUGCCCUCCCCGACCUUCUAGUCGGUCAAGUCCAUAGGCCGGACAUCGUGGACUGCGAGGCCUUCCUCGCUCCUCCUGGCCCUGACGACGUUGGGGCUGACUGGUCGUCAUUCAGAGUCAUGUACUUGGUGCGGUGCACAGCCAAGCUCUUGCUCUUCGUCUUCUCCACCUGCGCCGGACAAUGGCUCGCUAAUCCUGUUACAGUUGACGUGUUUCGAUGCGGGGCGGCGUUGCACCGCUUCUACGCCCAUGGCUGCUUCUAUUGGGAGGUUUUCCGGUCUAACAAGUUGCUCGUGCUCGAUGCGCGCAGGAUAGAGUUCUCCACUGUUGACCUCCCGCCUCCACCUGGCCCUGAUGUGCGAAAGAUGGCCAUUGUAGAGGCAGGAGGAGGAAGGCUUGGGAUGCUUACUAUCUCUGAGCAUCCUGAACCUGGUGCAGAUCAUCUCCUGUAUGCCGUACAGUCUAAGGAUGUGAAUGGCAGAAACCAGUGGCAAUCCAAGUCAGUAAUUUAUUUGCCGGAAAAUUAUCGCUAUGGCAUCAUGGGUGUAGCUGGUGGAUACUUACUCCUAACUGGGUAUCCAGAAGACGACAUGCCAAUCAGCUAUUUUUCACUGAAUCUCCAGAAUUUUCAGGUUGAGUGCUUCUGUCAGACUGGUGAUAAAGUCAUUUUUGGUGACCUGUAUGCCGAUCUCCCACCGUCCUUGUCCCCACCAACUCUUUGAACUGGACCUCCCAGAGAAUGCGCUGAUGGCAAAGACUCGCAAGCGUGACUAAUGUCAUGUUAAGGAGAAUAAAUGUAAGAACUUUUGAAAGGGUGAAAGUGGUUUGCACUCGACAGCAACUUGCAGCUAAGAGAAGAAGAAGGCAGAAGUUGUUGAUGACCGGCGCAUCCACCAUUUUUUCUUGUUAAAAUUCUCACGACGUUUCUGCUUUUUGUUGCAGUACUUUUAUGCCUGGCAAGAGACUAGACUAUCUUAUUAUGCCGCUUUGUUUGAACUGAGUGCUAGGUAAGCUUUGCGGCUUCAGCAACCCUGGAAAUAGUUUGCUUUUGGUGGUGUAUGAUUCUAGUAUCAGUAUGUAUGUAUGGCAUACCCAAACUCA